CCCCCCCCCGCUUUUGCCCCUCCCUCCGCGCCCCUCGCCGCCCUGCGCGUAUUUUCGCUGUGCCUGUCACAACAUCAUGACCGUGCUCCUUGACUCCCCGCCGGUGGAGGGGCUCCCGGUGCCGGCGUCGAUCACUGGUGAACUGGAUCGCGAGCACUUCCGGCAGUUCAUCCAGCAAACGCCCUUCGACCGGGCGGCGGUUCGCGCUUCGAGCGGAGAUGCCGAUCCUGAUGCGCCUCCGACCGACGACCACACGGACAUCCUGGAGGAUGAGCCGGGCCAUCUGGAUGCGCAGGACUUCCGCCAGUCGGUGGACGAUCCGGCCGUUGUGUCGGUCAUCGUGCCGGUGCGCAAUGCGGCCAGCUUCCUGGCCGAGGCCCUGGAAUCGGUUCUUCAGCAGGACUACCUGGGACAGGUGGAGGUCUGUCUCUGGGAUGACUCGAGCACUGACGACUCCCUGGACAUUGCCCGCUCAUUUGUCGGGCGCUUCCAUCAGCGCGGCUACCGGAUGAAGAUUGGUCGAGCUUUGGCCGGAGCCCCGGCUCGCGGGUGUGCGGCCACCAUGAAUCGCGCCAUCGCUCGGCUGGCCACCGGGUGGCUGGUUCUCUUCCUGGAUUCGGAUGACAUCAUGCACCCGGCGCGGGUGACCCGGCAGGUGGCACUGGCCCGGCGCACCGGGCCGCGUGCGCUCCUGGGCAGCCGCUUUUCACGACACCCCUUCGGCAGUACCGGGCGCUACACCGCCUGGGCAAAUGGCCUCUCUUCCGCGUCGCUUUACUUUGGGGCCAUGGCCGAGUGCUCGAUCAUCAAGCCUACCUGGGCACUUUACCGGUCGCGGCUGCGGCACGUGGGCCUCUUCAAUGAAAAUGCCCCGGUUGGCAUUCCGGAGGAUUUGAUGUGGCUAUACCGCCACCUGCAUGGAAGCAUCGCCUCGGAGCCGGCAAAUUUCAGGUGCACGGAUGUUGAUUCGGCAUUCCGGCCUGAUCGCUGUUCAGCGGGGGCUCUGGAGCCGGCGUGCGCCUGUUCCCUGGUGGCGGCCGAUGACCGGGCCACCGGGCCGGGGCUUCUUUGCCGGGACCCAGCCCCGCUGACCCUGUACCGGCAUCACCCGGGGGCCACCUCGCCGUCGGUAUUGGAGCCCACCCUGAUUCGAGUGCGCACGCAAUUCCUCCAGUCGCUGGUCCUCCACCGAGAGGCCGGGACCGCGGACCCCGGCGCCGACGCCCUGUGGCUGGCUCUGGUCAACCAAUACAUGAGCACCCUGGUGCCUGUUCCGCCGCGCAAGGACCCCUCGCCCGCGGCCGUGGCCGCCGCCGGGGCCUACUCCCCCCGGCACUUCGAUAUGGCGCUGCGUGCUGCUCGGGAGGCCAGCGCGCCGACCGGUCCGGCCGUGGAGGCCAUCCUCCGUGGGCAUCCAUCUCCCCUGCGUGUGAUCAUUUGGGGCGCCGGCGAUGUGGGCAAGGCUCUUUGGCGCGAGCUGAGCCAACCUAUGUGCCAUCGGAUUGUCGGCUUUGCUGAUGUCAAGCCCAGCCUUUUGGCCGUGGGCCGGAGCGACCCGGCCUAUGGCUCACUGCCAGUAAUCCACCCCUUGGCCCUGAAGGAGUUGCUCCGGGACACAACCGGCGCCUUGCCAGGCACCGGGGGACACCCGGAGCAGGUCGACGAACAGACAAUCAAACAGGCCUCCCAGCAGGAUGCGCCCGGUGAGCAGGCCGCUCCGUCUCUGGUGGCCGACAUGGAGCAGCCCCCGACCAAGCGCCGCCGCUUGCGUCCCGCGAAGAAGUCCCCGCCCGGCAUUCCCCCAGGCAGCGUGGACCUGGUGGUGCUGUGCGUCAAGCGCGGCCUCCCGGGGACGGGGAGUCUGCCUUCCCCUGGCCCCACUGGGCCAACCUCGGUUGACGAGAUCGUCCAACACCUGGGCCUCGUCGAGGGGAAGAACCUCCUCUACUUUGUGGCGUAGCCGCCGCCGCCCCCCCCCCCCUUACCUCUCUCUGGGUCAGGCUCGGGCAAACGCGCGGCUGAGCAUACACACACACACACACACA